GGGGAGGAGGGAGGGACGAAAAGAGGAGGAGGCGGAGGAGAACUGAGCUGAGCAGAGCAGAGCAUCGAGCCAAAGGGGAGAUGAGUUUGUCUGUCCUCGGCUGAGGCUCCGGCCGGGCCUAGGGAACUGGGAGCUCGGGUUGGAGCGACACCCGUGGAAGUGGGAGGAGGUGGCUCUGGGACUUUAACCCCUUGUGGGCUCUGCGGCAGGGGAUUUAACCCUUUGUGGAUCCGGCCCCUCGGAGGCAGCGUCAUCGGGUAGUUUUAACCCCUUCGGGGCUGGGUUUAACCCGUUGGACUCAACCUCAUCUCCUUGCCCAUCAACUCCUCGGUCGUGGGGGCGCUCAGCGGGGAGGCUUGAGGCCCACCCCCUCUGCACAUUACGUACUGUUCCUGCUGCUGCACCCUCUUGAACCAGCUACCUGGCCGCGCUGUGGGCGCUUAACCCUUUACUACCUUGAGCUCCCCAAGUUGCAAUUGGACUCUGCUGACAGAACUGGCUAAAGGCGUCACUGCAAGAAUUACAGACCGAAGAGGACUCUGUUGGACAUUUUUUAGAAGAAAAGAAAAACCUCUUUUUUUCCUUAAGGACUUACGGCCAAAAUUUUUCAAACUUCGAGAAGAGGACUCUCUUAGCCAUGGCCGAACCACUUUUGUCAGAAUAUCAGCACCAGCCUCAAACUAGCAACUGUACAGGUGCUGUUGCUGUCCAUGAAGAGCGGAACCCCGAUCGCCCCCCAGGCGCGGAGGAGCGGGUGCCCGAGGAGGACAGUAGGUGGCAAUCGAGAGCGUCCCCCAAGUCGGAUGGCCGUCCGGGGCUGGAGGGGGAAGGGAGCCUGGAGCCCCAGCCGCCUCCCCUGCAGACCCAGAUCUGUCCAGAACCUAGCUGUCCGGAAGGGGGCGAGAAGGGCCAUAAUGGAGACGACUUGUCCGCUGGCGGCUCCCCUCCGUCGGUGGCGGGAGGGGAACCGAGACCCGAGGCCGAGCCGCUCGCCCAGCCAUGUCCUGACUCUGAGGCCAACAAGUUGGGGGCUCCUGUCGCAGGGGGCGAGGAGGCGUGGGGACAGCAGCAGAGACAGCUGGGCAAGAAAAAACACAGGAGACGCCCCUCCAAGAAGAAGCGGCAUUGGAAACCAUACUACAAGUUGACUUGGGAGGAGAAGAAAAAGUUCGACGAGAAACAGAGCCUACGAGCUUCGAGGAUUCGAGCCGAGAUGUUCGCCAAGGGCCAGCCAGUCGCGCCCUAUAACACCACGCAGUUCCUUAUGGAUGAUCACGACCAGGAGGAGCCGGAUCUCAAAACCGGGCUGUACCCCAAGCGAGCCGCUGCCAAAUCCGACACCAGCGAUGAGGACUUUAUGGAAGAAGCAGGCGAAGAGGAUGGGGGCAGUGACGGGAUGGGAGGAGACGGCAGCGAGUUUCUGCAGCGGGACUUCUCGGAGACAUACGAGCGGUACCACGCGGAAAGCCUGCAGAACAUGAGCAAGCAGGAGCUCAUCAAGGAGUACCUGGAGCUGGAGAAGUGCCUCUCACGCAUGGAGGACGAGAAUAACCGGCUGCGGCUAGAAAGCAAGCGGCUCGGCGGCGACGACGCGCGAGUGCGGGAGCUGGAGCUGGAGCUGGACCGGCUGCGCGCCGAGAACCUCCAGCUGCUGACGGAGAACGAACUGCACCGGCAGCAGGAGCGGGCGCCGCUGUCCAAGUUUGGAGACUAGACUGAAACUUUUUGGGGGGAGGGGGCAAAGGGGACUUUUUACAGUGAUGGAAUGUAACAUUAUAUACAUGUGUAUAUAAGACAGUGGACCUUUUUAUGACACAUAAUCAGCAGAGAAAAUCCCCCCGGCUUUGGUUGGUUUGGUAAAUUUAGCUAUGAUGUAGCUUGCUGUGCUUUCUCCUGUUCUUUAAUUAUGUGAUGAAACUAAAGGGUUGCUUUUCUUGUUUUCCUUUUUAGAAGGUUUUUUUAAAUAUGUAAGUAAUUUGACCAAGUUAUAAUGCAUUUUUCUGUUAAAAAUCCCCUCCUUAAACGGAGCUAUACGGUGGCCAAAUCUGAGAACCAUUAAAUUCAUUCUAGUUAUAAUAAAUUUAAUAUUUGUAAAUGUAACAUAGUUUCAGUGUGAUUUCUAGAGCUAAUUCAAAACAGUACUGAUUUAUGUGAUUGCACUUUGCGGGUGGGGUAAGGAAAUUAUUAAAUGUCAGUUUGGAAAAAAAACUAAUGGGAGAAUUUUCACCUUGCCUGAGUUUUCCCUUGAAUGGGUUUCAGUGUGCUACAAUAUACAGUUCAGGCAAAAUAUAAAGAUUUCAUUAUCUGCA